AGCUUCCAGCCCUCCGGGAUGGACUCCCACCACCCCUCGCCGGAAUACAGCUCGCUCCUCCUCGCCGGCCCUCGUGCUGGCGCUCUGAAACAAGCUCACGCGCGCAUCAUCGUCACAGGCCACAGUCGCUCCCUCCCCUUCAUCACCAAGCUGGCCACGCUCGCCGUCGCAGCUGGCGCCGCCCCGUACGCGCACCUCCUCGCGACCUCCCACCCCGCACCCGACUCCUUCCUCUUCUCCUCCCUCACGCGUGCGGCCGCGCACCACGGCCUCCCGGUCGCCGCUAUUGCCUUCUACCGCAGCCUCCUCUCCGCCGCCCUUCCUUUCUCCAGUUUCACCUUCACCGCCGUCGCCAAGGCCUGCGCCGACCUGUCCGCCAUCCGAACCGGCACGGCCAUCCACGCGCACUCCAUCGUCCUCGGGUUUGGCUCGGACCGUUUCGUGCUGACGUCGCUUCUUGUGCUGUAUUCCAAGUGCGGCCAACUGGGUGUUGCACGCAAGCUGUUCGAUGCAAUUCGUGAUAGAGGUGUUGUCGCUUGGAACGCGAUGAUUUCUGGGUACGAACAGAAUGGGCUUGCCGAGCGGGGGAUCGAGGUGUAUAGGGAGAUGCAGGCGGCGAAGGCGGUGCCUGACUCCAUGACGUUUGUAGCCACGCUCUCUGCUUGCGCACAGGCUGGUGCACUGGACUUGGGGCGUGAAGUGGAGAAACGUAUUGUUUCUGAAAGAAUGGACAUCAGUGUGUUUCUUGGCUCUGCUCUUGUGAACAUGUAUGCCAGGUGUGGUGUUGUGGACAAAGCUCGCAGAUGGUUCGAUGCGCUCCAGGAGCGGAAUGUGGUUACAUGGACUUCCAUGAUCGCUGGAUAUGGAAUGCACGGCCAUGGUCAUGAGGCGAUCAAGCUGUUCCAUUUGAUGAGACGCGAGGGGCCGCCACCCAAUCAUGUCACGUUUGUUGCUGUUCUAUCUGCAUGUGCACACGCUGGGUUAGUCAUGGAGGGUCGUGAUGCUUUUGACUGCAUGAAGAGGAUCUAUGGACUGGUCCCUCGUGUCGAGCACUAUUGUUCUAUGGUUGAUAUGUUUGGAAGGGCUGGACUUCUUGAUGAAGCAAUGCAAUUUAUAAGUGAUUAUAUGCCUGGAGAGCCAGGGCCUGAAGUUUGGACAGCAGUACUUGGGGCAUGCAAGAUGCACAAGAAUUUUAUUCUUGGGGUGGAGGUGGCUGAGCGAUUGAUUGCUCUCGAACCUGAGAAUCCAUCCUACCAUGUUUUGCUUUCUAAUAUUUAUGCUCUGUCUGGUAAAAUGCACCAUGUUGAGAAGGUGAGGAAUACCAUGAUUAAGAGAAGAUUGAAGAAGCAGAUAGGAUUCAGCUUGAUUGAGCUAGGAGGUACUUCCCAUUUAUUUCGCAUGGGUGAAAAGUCUCAUCCACAGACUACAGAGAUUUACCAGUACUUGGAAGAACUGAUUCAUAGGAUUAGUGCUGCUGGCUACAUGCCUGAAACUGAGUCAGUUCUGCAUGAGUUAGAAGAGGAGGAGAGAGAGGGUGCACUUAGAUAUCACAGUGAAAAAUUGGCAGUAGCAUAUGGGCUCAUGAUGAGCGUUGGGAGCACCACUCCUAUCAGAGUAAUAAAAAACCUGAGGAUAUGCGGGGAUUGCCAUCUCGCCAUCAAGUUUAUGUCAGCUGUGGAGAAUCGGGAGAUUGUUGUCAGGGAUAAGCACCGUUUUCACCAUUUUAAAGAUGGCAAGUGUUCUUGUCUGGAAUAUUGGUAACAAACUCUCAUCUGUCGUUAGGUACAGUUGCCUGGUAAUAGUCACCAACAAAAUAGUAUUAUGGAAAUGAACAACUACAUUCACAUACACCGCCUGUCCUGGAAUUCUGCCAUCAAUUAUCACCAGUACUAGAAGAUAACCUCUUCAGGAUGGGUCCAAUGCUUCUCAUUUUUCUGAACAUCCACAAUACCAGCGACCUACAUAUUUCUGAACUCCCAACAUAAUUUAAAGGGUCAGGAUGCUGAAAGACAACAAAACAGCUCUGGUAUUCUUUGCUAGCUCAUCCGAAAGAUUGAAGAGCGAGGUACAGUGCAUGCAUCCAAGUACCAUUCUUAUGUGGUUGGACUUUUGCUUUCGAUAAUUCUGUCUCGGUCCUCAAUAAUGCCUGCAAGGAGGGCACAUCAAGUCCAACACCAGUUUUCUGAAGCAAAUUCGUCUGUCUAAUCCAUGCAGCAGGUUGAUUCUUUGAUGUCCAUCUGCCAUGUGAAUACAUUUCUUAUUUUCUUGUGCUCGGAGUUGAUUAUGUGCCUGACUCAUUGUGCGCGGAGAAUUAUCAUGCAGAAGCUGUAUAUAAUCGACUACAUUUGAAGCCUUGUUCUGAAGAUUGCCCACAUUGGUGAGUGGUGACUGACACCCAUUAAGGUCGUGUGUAAGUUUGUAAAUUGCAACUGCUAAACGGCCAAGACUAGAGGAUUAUUGAGUUCCAUGUACCAAACUUUAUGUUCCA